CAGCGGGGAGCUGAGCCAGCCCAGUCGGGCGGGGCAGACUGUGGGCCAGGGGCCAUGCGAGCGGGAGGCUGUUGGACCUGCUGGCUAGUGGAAGUCGAGGGUCCAGCCUCUGAGGAUAGAGGCAGCCCCCCAACAGGGCAGGAUAGCCGUUUUCAUGGGGGGCAGUUGGGCCCCGAGCCACCUCCAGCUGCUGGGCUGGUUAUGGCUCCUCCUGAGAGACACAUGCCCUGUGCUGGGGGCUGGUCCAGCUACCCAGGCGGCAGAAAGCCCAGGCCCCCGAGCUGUCCAGGAAGGGAUGAACAGCACGGUGGACGUGGACUGUAGGAAGGUGCGCAGUCUGAAUGAUUCUGAGAGCUGUGUCUUUGUCCAGACCAACCCAGACUGCUGGAACGAUGGUGGAUACCUCAACUACCUCGAAGGCAUCUUCUGCCUCUUCUCCCCGGACCUCUUGCCUUUGGCGGUCAUCCUCUAUGUACUCUGGCUGUUUUAUCUCUUCCUGUUUCUUGCUGUCACAGCUGAGAAGUUCUUUUGCCCCAACCUGUCAGUGAUCUCGAUCACCUUGAAGCUUAGCCAUAAUGUGGCAGGUGUCACCUUCCUGGCCUUCGGCAAUGGUGCCCCCGAUGUCUUCAGUGCACUGGUAGCCUUCUCCAAUUCCCGGACUGCUGGCCUGGCUAUCGGAGCACUCUUUGGUGCUGGUGUGCUGGUCACCACGGUGGUAGCUGGUGGCAUUGCCAUCAUCCAGCCUUUCACAGCAGCCUCCAGACCCUUCUUCAGAGACAUCAUUUUCUACAUGGUGGCCAUCUUCUUGACCUUCACUGCACUCUACAUGGGCAAGGUCACUCUGGCCUGGAGCCUAGGUUACCUGGGCUUCUACGCCUUCUACGUGUUUACUGUGGUCCUCUCCACCUGGAUAUAUCGGCGGCACUCUGUGGCAGUCCUCUCCCACUCCUCACCUGACCCACCAAUUCUGCCAGUGGACUCUGAGGAUAGAAGCUCUUCCGUGGCCAACAGCUAUGAUUAUGCAGAUGAGUACAGGCCCCAGCUGCACGAUGAGGAGUCCACAGUUUGGAUCCUGACUCGGUCCCUCAAUCCCCUGGACUGCCAGACAUGGAAGCGGAAAUCCUGGUACUGGAAGUUUAUUAAAGUCCUCAAGAUGCCAGUGGAGUUUCUGAUGCUGCUCACGGUGCCUCUGGUGGACCUAGACAAGGACGAUCGGAACUGGAAACGGCCCCUCAACUGCCUCCAACUGUUGAUCAGCCCCGUGGUCUGUGUAAUGACUCUGCAGUCUGGAGUGUAUGGAUUCUAUGAGAUCCAGGGCAUCUUCCCCAUCUGGGGGGUCACAGUGCUGGUGGGCACCUUUCUUGCCUCUGUUGUCUUCUUUGCUACCUCCAACGAUCAGCCUCCCAGGUUUCAUUGGACCUUUGCCUUCCUGGGCUUCUUUGUCAGCGCCCUUUGGAUCAACGCGGCUGCCACUGAAGUGGUGAACAUCCUUCGCUCAUUAGGCAUCAUCUUCCAGCUCAGCAACACGGUCCUGGGUCUGACCCUGCUCGCCUGGGGGAACACCAUUGGCGAUGUCAUCUCGGAUCUCACGCUGGCGCACCAGGGCUACCCACGGAUGGCCUUCUCGGCUUGCUUUGGGGGCAUCAUCUUCAAUAUCCUUGUAGGUGUUGGUCUGGGCUGUGUGCUGGAGGCCUCUAGAAACCACACAGAUGUGAAGCUGGAGUCUGAUGGACUGUUGGUGUGGGUCUUGGCGGGAGCCCUGGGGUUCAGUCUGCUGUUUUCCUUCAUCUCGGUACCUCUCCAGUGCUUCCACCUGAACAAAGUCUAUGGGUUCUGCCUGCUCUUCUUCUACCUGACUUUCCUCGUUGUGGCACUACUCACAGAGUUUGGGGUGAUUCACGUGGGAGCUGGGUGAAGGACACCAGCCCGAGGGAGAAGAAAAGAUGGAACUCCAUUCUCUGAAGCCAGAAACCCCAUGGGAUGGAGAACAGGAUCUGGGACUGAAAAGUGGCUCCUGUGGGUUGGUGGCCAGCCAGCGGGCCUAGCUGCUGUAGGAAAUUGGAGGCAGCUGCCCCGGGGCGGGGUGCCCUGACCUCAAGAAAACAGACACAAUCCUGUCCUGCUCUCCUUGUCAUUGUUAAAGCAUCAUCUGAAUCUUCAGACUCAAGGAGUCAAGACAUCCACAACUCAGGGACACCCCACCCUCACCUCCAGCCGUGGACAAGAAGUUCACACAGUUGACCUGAGGCCUGAAGACCUGUUGUAAUUAAAGCCCUUCAGUGUCCCUGUGGA